AUGUCAGGCGUGCUCGUCGUGACUCGUGAGUACCAAACGGUUCAAUUAGUUAUAUGGAACCAGGGGGAAACAUUUGUAGAUGGGCUCCGCCCUCAUCCAUACUCUCAUCUAUACAAGAAAAUAUGGUGUGCGGUGAUAAGGUUGGAAAAGCGUGUGACUCCAUUCGGAACACCUAUUCGCGGCCACAUUGAACGCUGCAAUGUUGUUGUGGAUUGUCUCCACAAGUCAUUCAACCUAUUGACGUGCCAAUCGCUUUCCAUGUGA